AUGCAUUACAAUGCAUUGUCCCAGCAAGAGAAUCAAUCAUCUGGUGGUUUAAAAUUUAAACCACCAGAUGAUUUGAUUACUACUACUUGCCCUAUUACUACUACUUGUCCUACUAAUACUACUACUUGUUCUAUUACUACUACAACUUGUCCUCCUACUACUACUUGUCCUAUUACUACUGCAACUUGUCCUCCUACUACUACUUGUCCUCCUCCUCCUACCAGUACUACUACUUGCCCUAUUACUACUACUUGUCCUACUAAUACUACUACUUGUUCUAUUACUACUACUACUGAUACUACUUUCCCUACUACUACUGCUACUAUUUCCCUACUACUACUGCUACUAUUGCCCUACUACUACUAUAAUCUGUCCUAUUACUGCUACAACUACUUGUCCUCCUCCUCCUCCUAUUAUUUGACCUUCUACUACUACUACUUGUCCACCUCCUACUACUACUUCCAUAGGAAGAUUUUGUUGUUUAUAUAG